AUGCCAAAAAAGAAGACAGUUGCCCAGAAGGUGUCCAACAAGGACAGGAAAUACGGCCACUGGGUACCAGAAACAUUUGUUACUCCCCUUCCUCAAGAGUAUCCUCACUGGGACUAUGAGAAAACCAAACCAUUACCAUACCGUGCCUUUAAACACAGAUACAAUGUCACCAUGGGGAUCAGGAAUAUGGAGUGGGACAAUUGGAUCGAGUUGGACAACGAAUGGGAACUGUAUCACAACGAAAAGUUGCGUCGGAUUCAAGAGAGAGGUACCGAAUUGUACGAGACGAGCAACCAAGCCACUGACGCUGCGUAUGAGUUGUUGGAUGAGUUCAAACGAUUUCUUCCCCACAGGUACCCAAAACUAUUCAAGGAGACUGCCGUUGGUUUGGAUAACUUAGUGACCAAGGAAUCGUUUGACUUCACCAAGGGAGGUAAAGAAGAUCCUAUUCUAAUUGCUGCGAAAUUGGUCCAGGAUGACUUGGCAAUCAUGAUGGAGGACGAAGAAGGAAACUACCUGUUGCAAUCGGGUGCAAUCAUCCUAGCUGGGUUCUGGAGGUUCAGAGAUAAAUACAAAAUGAGCCUUAACGAGAUUCACACCAGUGGGGAUGUUCCCCAGUACAACGAGAAGCUCAAGACUGGUAUGACCAGGUUCUUCACUAGGUUAACCUCCGAGAAGCCGGUUGUCAGGAACAACUACUUUAUCCAAACCGAUGACAACUUAGGCUGGUCCCACUCCAUUGGUGAAGAAGACAGUGAGAAUGUGGGGUGGAACACUGCUGUGCCAGCAUCGAUCAUUGACCAGCUUUACUUCAGAAGCGAGCGCCAAAGCUUGAGAAGAUUACCCAAAAGUGGUGCAGUGGUGUUCACUAUCAGAACCUAUUUUGUUCCCAUAGUUAAAUUGUGCAAAGAGCCAUACAUUCCUAGAAGAUUGUUAAAUGGAAUUUCGACAUGGUCGGGAGACGUUGAGGAGUACAAGGGAUACUCCAAGUAUGCGGAUGUUCUAUUGCCAUACUUGGAGAAGGUGGCCCUCGAGCAAGAGAAGGCGGGGUUGAUUGCCGAAGCAGGGCCAGAUGUGUAUCCUUUUUAG